UAUAAACAUCGCUUUUCUUCAAAUAUUACAAGAAUUCUAUGGAAUGAUACCAACUAUUGGAAUGUACUUAGCGGAUUCAAUUUCUAACCUGGGAGUUGCACGCAAUUAUAUUCAAUCAAACAGUAACUUGUCAUCGAUUCCGGCACAAAAGAAGACUUGUUUAGAUAUAGCAUACCUGUCAAGUGACGUGCUUGGAUGGUUGUAUAGUAAAAAGUACUUCGAUAAACAGGUGCAAGAACAGGCAAAGUAUAUAGCGAAAUAUCUCGAGAAAUCUAUGGAAAAGGUUUUAUCAGAAAGGAAGUGGUUAACCCAAGAAUCUCGAGAGAGUGCCAAGAAUAUAAUUAAGAAACUGAGUAAGAAAGUCCAUGUAGGUUCCCAACAUUCACAACAGGCGGAAGCUAAAUUGAUUAAAAGAUAUGAAGAUUUAAAUCUCUCAGACAAUUUUCUCGAAAAUGCUUUUGCUUUAAAGAAAAGACGUACACAAUUAACUUCGGACAUGUUGAAGAAUGAUAUGAACCAGGUCUCAGACAUGGAUAUACAAGCUGUCUAUUAUGUGGUAAAUAAUUCAAUUCAUAUCCCCAUCGCUAUGCUGCAGCCACCAGUAUUCUAUAAAGGAGCGCCUAUGGCUCUGAAUUUUGCAGGACUGGGAACGUUAAUUGGUCAUGAAAUACUUCAUGCUUUUGAAGCUGACUUUGAAAGCUCCUAUUUUAACAAGAAAUGGUUGUCUGAUAAAUCUUACGAAAACUAUGAUGAGCUGAAAGAAGCUGUCGUUAAAAUAUAUUCCGGCUAUAGAAUUGAAAGUAUGAAUUUCACUGUUAAUGGAGAAAGAACAGCUGAAGAAAAUAUUGCUGAUAUUGGUGCUUUAAAGAUAGCGUAUGAGGCUUAUUUGCUAUGGAAAUCAGACCAUCCUGAUGCUAAGAAGACACUACCUAUACUAAAAAUGACAGAUUUACAGCUAUUUUUCAUGUCGUUUGCUCAGUCUUGGUGUUCUAAUGUAAGCCCUAAGGAAAAAUAUUUGUUCGAGAAUGCUGUACACUCUCCGAUGGAGGCAAGGGUUCAAGUUCCAUUAAAGAAUUCGAAGGAUUUUGCCGAAGCAUUCUAUUGUGAAAAAGGUUCGAACAUGAAUCCAUAUGUUAAAAGUGAAAUGUGGGCGAAAUAAAUGAAAACCGUCAUCUAGAAGUCUAUA